AUGGACAAUCCACCUAGAAAGAUGACAGGCAAGCUGCUCAGUGGGGUAUGCAGACUGAGCACCAUAUCAGAGCAAGAACCGGACAAGCUGGACACCGAUCCCAGUUCCCAUGAUCCCCCGGGUGGCAGUGAGUGGGGUGGAUCCAGCCUCUCCAUGUGUUCUGACAAGUUUAAGAGCAGCAGCAGCAGUGUUUUUUCCUCUGAUGAUUCACACCAGUCUGCAAGUGGAGAUGAAUGUGCAGCACUUCUUCUUGCCUGUCUGCAUUGUCGUUUUCACGAAUUUACGGAUCUCCUGUUGGAUACAUGUGAGAGGGCUGUGAGUCGCUGUUUUCCCUCGUACAAAUACAUCACGGAGUCCAGUGACCAGCAGGGACAGGACUGCUGCAAUUACACGCUGGAACUGGAGUGCAACUGUUGUGGCUCCUGCCAGGACACAGGAGAACUUAUAGAGCUGGCCAUGGAGAUGUCAGAGGUCUGCUAUCGCUGA